AUGACCGAAGGCCACUACAUUCAUGUCAAGCGAGAGAAUUUUCCAGAGCACGUGGCGGGUGAUUGUUUAAACCAUACUUGUACAGAAGAUUCUAUAUGUAUUCCUGGGAACUGUUCGGCAGUUUUCAAAGGUUUCAAGGAUUGUUCAGAAAUUUUAAGUACAGAUUCAUCAAGAAAAGGACAAGAUGGCGUAUAUGUUAUUUACAUCGAUGACACCUGGAGAGAGGUCUUCUGUGACAUGACGACAGAUGGAGGAGGGUGGACGAUAAUUCAGAAACGAGAAGAUGGCGACGUUGAUUUUUACAGAACAUGGAAAGAGUACAAAGAAGGAUUUGGCAACGCCUCUAAAAACUAUUGGAUAGGGAAUCAAGCAAUCCACGCCCUAACAAAGGAUAAAAACCAAGAACUCCGAAUUGAUUUCCAGAGACAUAAUGGAGAACAGGCCUCUGCUGUGUAUACCACAUUUUACAUCGGAGAUGAAGACAGUAAAUAUACCCUUACAGUAUCUGGAUACAACGGUACAGCGGGUGACAGUUUGUCUUGGCACAAUGGUAUGAGAUUCAGCACUAAAGAUCAGGAAAAUGAUAUUGACAGUAGCCGUAACUGUGCUACAACAUUUCACGGGGCCUGGUGGUACAGAUACUGUUUCCAAUCAAACCUGAACAGAGAGUAUGCACAGUCUGCGGCGAAUGAUCCUCGGUAUGCGACACGGUGGCACUUCAAACGGUCUCAUGAAGCAUUACAAAAAACGGUGAUGAUGAUAAGACAAAAUUAA